AUGUCGACCACCGUCACCGAAACCGUUACCCGACCUACUACCAUCACCGUUGCUGCUGAGCAGCGACAGCAGCAGCAGGGGCAGAAGUAUCCCGAGAUGAAGGAGCCUACUCCUGCGGCCGAUGAUACGAAAUUUCAAGCCGUCGCCCGUGGUAAUCGUGCCGGGACCCUUAAGCUACGGGGUAUCCCGACCUUUACUGAUCCCUACGAGAAACGGAAGUGGAUGAAGGAGCAUAUGGCUGCUUCGUUCCGGUUCUUUGGGAAGAGGGGGUAUGGGGAGGGGAUUUCGGGGCAUAUUUCUAUGAGAGAUCCCGUCCUGAAGGACCACUUCUGGAUGAACCCGUUCGGCAAACACUUCUCUACCAUUAAAGCAUCCGACUUGGUCCUGGUGGAUGGGGACGGAUAUGUCACUGAGGGAGGCAACCAGGCGCCCAUCAACGAGGCGGGAUUCUGGAUCCAUUCUGAGAUCCACAAGGCUCGUCCGGAUGUCAUUGCCGCUGCGCAUACGCAUGGAGUCUAUGGGAAGACUUGGAGUGCAUUUGGGAAGCCAAUCGAGAUGCUCUCUCAGGAUGCUUGCAACUUCCACGGCAAACUGAGCGUCUAUGAUGAUCACGGAGGGAUUGCGUUGGCGCAGGAAGAAGGCGCCAAUAUAGCCAAGGCUCUUGGGAAGGACAGCAUUGGGUGCAUCUUGCAGAAUCACGGCCUCUUGACCGUGGGUCAGACGGUCGACGAAGCCGCCUUUCUCUUCUUCAGUCUGGACCAGGCUUGCCACUCCCAGCUCAUGGCAGAUGCAGCCGCUGCCAAUGGGGUUCCCAAGAAGAUCAUUUCCGACGAGGUGGCUCAAUACACGGCUGAUGCUGUUCAGAACCCUCACAACUUCUAUACUGAGUUCCAGCCGGAGUAUGAACUGAUUAUCGAGGAGAGUAAUGGACGAGUUCUGGAAUGA